AUGUGGCUUGAGGCCGCGCAACUUCCGCCCCCAAUCAGGUGGCCGGACCUAGUCUUGGCAAAAAUCCAAGUGGCUGGCCUAGCGAACGUUCCCUGGCCCUCGAUUCCUUCCGCAACAACGUCGAGACUACGAACGGCUCCGUCCAGUGCCCGAAUUGUGCAUGGCAGUGAGUUGGCAGAAGCAGUCGAUCAUGGCCAACUUGCAGACGACCAGGGUCACUCUUCAAGGCCUUACCAACCGAUUCGGGUAUGCAGGUCGUUGCUCUACAACAACAAAAGAUUCAACUCUGCAUUUAGGCCUUCUUUCAGUCCCCGCGCCACGGGAAAAUCAUGGCUGAGGACGGGGUCCGAGACGUGUAUGGACUAUUUGGCUCAUGACAUUCGUCUUGUCUUGGUGCCUAACCUUCGGUGCCUUCCGUACUUCUUGUACCUGGCUCCAUAUGUGCCGACCCAAGAGCAGGGACGCGAGUCAUUGUACACUGCUCCAAUCAUAGACUUCGCCUUUCCUGGAGUCCCCAUCGGUUCCUAUAGCCGGCCACAUUGGAAGAGACGAUCUAUCUUGCACUCUCUCCCAGAGCAGCGUACCUUACAAAUCCUCUCCCUUCCGGCCUCUUUCUACGAGCCAACGGAUCUCCUAUUAUCUCAGAUUCAUUUGUUUGCUGGCGUAGCCAUCAUCACCGACCGCUAUUACGGCAGAGACAUCUCCUCGUGGUGCGAAUCCGUGAUCCACUUUCGAUCUCGUCCUAUUCUUGUCUAUCAUGGGUGGACUGCAUGUUCCAAAGAAAUAUAUCAUAAACUGGCAUUUUCUCUGGCACUGACAGACUUCCCAAGCUACCUCGAGGGGACUGAUCUUGUUCAUCGAUCAUUUGGUACUACCAGGAAACCUGGUAAACUACGCGUCGUCCCGCCCGCAACGCCCUACUAUCGCCCGUCUCUGAAGUCAGGCACAAGCCGUAAAGAAGAAGCUAUACGCCCGAAACAGGAACCUUCCUCGCCCGUCAUGUCCGGAUAUGGGUACUCACAGUCUGAUCAGACCGGGUACAACUACGCGCCUGCGUAUCAAGCCGGUGUACCGCAGUACACGCAAACCCAAGUCAAUCAAUACUAUGCACAGUAUCAAUGCUAUCCUCCACAACCAUAUCAUAUCAUCCCUGAUUACUAUGUUCAAGCUCCUGUGGUCGCGCAGCCCACUUUCCAACAGCCAUUAACUGGAUCUGGAUAUGAUGCUCGCUGGCAAGUUCAGGCAGACAGCAACGAGCUGAAUACACCUCAGGGUCCUACCAGGAGCAAUAGCCGUACACGAACUUGGACCUGUGAUAUUCCCUCGUGCACCUCCUCCGCAAACUUUACCCGUCUCGCCGACCUACAGCGCCAUCAAUCGACCGUGCAUGGCGUUGGAACUCCAGAUUACCCGUGCACUGUUCCAAGAUGCAAUCGUGUUGGUGACAAAGGCUUCACGCGAAGGGAUCACCUAGUCGAGCAUCUUCGCAACUUCCAUCACAUGGACAUUCCCAAGAGGCGGCCUGGAGAACGAUCUGCAUUCCCAUUGGGGUGGCCGGAGGGUGGCGUGAGUCAGGGCUCGAGUAGUGGCCAGGUUGGUGGAGGUGAGCAUGUACGCGGGACAAGUAGACUUGGCAGGUCUGGCCGGGUCACUAAACCUUCAAGGCGAGGUGGUAGGGGCGGUGGGCGAAGUAGGGGAGCGAGUAGAAUCGCAGGGGUCGCACGUGGAAGUGUUGGAUUCCUCACCGAGGUACAGGAUCAGAAUCCAGAUAUUGGGUCAGCGGAGGAGCCGGAGUUGGCGCGGACUUCGAAUUCCGCAGACAAGGCUGAGGUUGCGGGUGCCCAAGGUCAUGUUACUCUGGACGACUUACUGGCUCUCGGGGAUUAUCCAGUCCAACCCCGAGGGCAUGCGGACACUGGCGACAUCAUUACCAACAAUGAGCGUUUUUGCCCAUGGGAUAUCACAUAG